AUGCCCGACGCUGGCGAGAUUCGCCGGCGGGCUUCCCAAGGCGGAAGUUGGGGGGUCGAAGCUGUGGGGCCAAUGGAGGUUGCCACCAGCAGUCCCAAUGACAACGUCGCUCAGCAGCAGCGUCCCGAGAUCAAUGGGACACUUGAUCAGAUCCCGCGGUUGAUGCACAAGCUCCACAAUUACAACAACGAGAGAACCGGGUCGACGCGCGUGACAUCGAGCUACCGCGAUCAAUACCUUACACGAAAGGAGCAACAAAGAAUCUCCAACCAAGUCACAUGCUCAACUGCGGCCGGGUCACCGACCCACCGAGACGUUCCGUACGACAUUGGCGAGUACAUCAUCCACUCGGCGCCCCCGCCGGUGCCCCCUCCGCGCGCCCUCGAACUGGUGAAGGAGGAAGUGCAUCGCGCCCUGAAGGCUUUCUCGACCCAACCAGUCAAGGGUGAACCCAAAGCUCCCCUGCCGUCCGACCUACUGCGGCCGUUCGACGUCUCUAAGGAUGGCCGUGUGACUUACCGCGAGCUUCGGACCGGGAUUCUUGGGCUCGGAAUCGGACUGACGGCCCGCGAGGCGGAAGAGCUGGCGCAGGUCGUGGACCGAGAAGGCACCGGGCUCGUCGACAGAGGCCACUUCGAAGCAGCGGCGACUCGGGACUGGGGCAGCGGCGGGGGCGGGGACGGCGGCUGGCAGGGAAGACCAACGUCGGCGCCAGGAAGAGUGCCCGGGGCGGUGGCGGAAUCCCAGAGCGAAAGUGGGGCAUUGCAUUCACCUGGUGAACACGCCAGUCACCCCCAGGUGGACGACGGCAGGAUCGCUCACGACGGCGAGAAGGGAUGUGCCGGUGGAGAAGUGCUCCCGCCUCCGCCAACACCCUCCGAGGCACCGGAACCGCUUCGACAGUGGUCGAGAUCGGAGACAACGGGGAGGCCUUCGCGCAAUCACGGUCCGUCCACGUUAUCGUUCGACUACUGGCAACAGAAUGCCAAUAGACGAAACGACAGCAACAACGCCGCAAACGCCGUUGUCACCAACACGCCGGCGUCUACGGGCAGUAGCAGCGGCAGAAGCGACGGCAACGUGAACGGUCACCGCGAACGCUCCAGAAAUACCAGCACCAGCGCCAGCCCUGCGGCCGCCGGCCCCAAGAGCAGCAACAGCGACUACAACACCCACAACAACAACCAGCAACUGUCUCAAAAGUACAUACAAUCCCUGCAAACGCUGCGCUCUUUGCUGCAGCUAGACAGGGUCUUCGACGAAGUGAAAUCCACGCCGAUUGCAGACGAGACCAACAAGCCCAACCGACGCUCGUUGUCCUUCGGGACCGAAACCCGGGGACGUCGUUGCGAACGGCGACGGCAGGAACAGUCUCAGCAUCAGUCUGGUUUAAGACCCAGCGGCGGCGGCGGCGGCGGCGGCAGCUGCGGGGUUGGUGAUGGAAAACAAAGAGUAGAUUCGACAAAGGUAGAACAUCGCCGCUUCCGCGAAGAAGACGGCCGGGCGGACAGCCCUCCGCCGCCUAACGGGGCCGGAGCCAACGGCGGCGGCAGACAACAACAACAAAGGAGGGCCAGUGGUGCUGCGAGCACCGGCAACACAAGUGUCGUCGUCUCCGACACCGAGGCGCCGGAUCAUCUCGCAAGAGCGCGAUCGGUCGCGGCUCGAGCGGAAAGCAUUCUCCGGCUGCGGUCCCGGGGGGACCUCGUCGGUCUCCGCAGGGCCGUGUCGAAGGCGGAUCCUUCCGCCUCGGGCGUGAUAUCGCGGAGGGAGAUGGAGCGGGUUAUCCUGCGCCGGUUCGGCACCGGCCUCGAGGACCACGAGGCCAGGCAUCUCGCCGCGCGCUACCGGAAGGACUUCAACGGCCGCUCGAUGGUCGACUACGGCCGUCUGUUCGACAGCCUGGAGGUCAAGGAGGGCGACCUUUUCGGACGGGGGGUCACAUCAUCGCCAGGGCCGUCGACGUCCUCUGGGCGUGGUUGCUGGGAAGCUCAACAGCGCUCGUCGUCGCGGGACGGAGGCGGCGGCCCGCCGGCGAGAUCGGCGCCGACGAGCACCGCCGGAGAGGGUCGGAGGAGAGGGUCUCGUCCGAUGCGCGCUGCGGCAGGGGCGAGAACUAGGCACAGCCAGCGGCGGUAUUGGAGGAGAGGGGUGCCCGAUGCCGCCGCCGCCGACUUUGUCCGAGGCGGUGCUCCGGCGGAAGAGAGUCAGUUGGUGAGGAGGGCCCGAGCCAAGACGCUGGCGUUGUUAGACCGGCACGGGACCCCGAGUGUUGACUGCGUGUUCGGGCUGGUGGACCAAGCGCACACCCAGACCGUGAGCUCCGGGGAGCUCAGGGAAGCCCUGCGUAUCCUGGGGGGAUCGGACACGUUGUCCGAGAUAGAGCACCGAGCGCUCUUCAAGGGCAUCAGCAAGGGCCGUGACCGCGUUCUCUACAGGGAGCUCCUAGACACGCUCCGUGCGUCGGAGGUCGCCGAGCACAGGGAGCGCACCCAGCGAAAGCUCCAACACCAGGCAGGGCUGCCCACGAGCGGCCGAGGCUCCGCAAUACACUGGCGCCACAGCGACGUCCUCGACUGGGACGCGCCGCCGGCCGGGGGUGGUGACCGGAAGGGUUCCUGCGGGGUCGGUCUGAAAGGAGGCCGGCAGCACAAAGAGUCGCGCCGGCAGGCCCUGGUGUUCCAGAGGCUGCGGGACGGCGUCAGACAGAUCCAGGAGAAGCAAAACAGCGCUGGGCCGGUGUUCGACAUGUUCCGUCGACGGGGGCGAGGAAGAACAGGAGGGUACAGCGACGCCGCAGCCACCGUCGCCGCCCCAACCACAAGCGGCAAUGGCACCAUGAACAACGACAACGACCCCGUCCGCACUCCCCCGCCCUUGUCACCAUCCGCGCUCCGAGCCGGUCUGGGCUCCCUAGGAGUCCCCCUCGGGAACGAAGACUUCGUUACCCUUAUCGCCGCCACGGAUCCCGACCGCCGUGGGGAGGUCACAUACCCGACCUUCUGCGAGGCCCUCGACCUGCAUCCACUCCGCGGGGACCCUUCCGACGCUCAUCGGACCGCCUCCGGUUCCGAAGAACAAGAGCGACCCUCCUCCGCGCCCCCGGCGCCGACGACGUCGAGACAGCACAACCGACGGCACGUGGGAUCUGGUGGCGGCAACGGCAGCGGCAGCGGCGACACUACUGCUGGAGACGCGGGUAAAGGGCGGAGAGAAGGUGGGGGUGGUUACGCUCGUCGCCGGGCGAUGGAACUAGCGCCCCCCGCGGACACGCGCGAGGACCUCGAGGGAGGAGUUUUCCACGUCAACGAGGCGACGUACGGGUGCGACAACCCGAACUUCACCACCACCAUGGUUCCGGCUUCGAUCGGAGGGGGAUGCAAGGCGAACAACAACCAUCCUCGGCCGGACGCGUACCGUCCGAAGAGGCGGCAGUCGCCGGCUCCGGCUCCGGGGGGCACGCUCACCGGCAUCCGCACGAAGAGCCACGGCCAGACGCUUCUUGUGGUUGGUAGCGGCGGUGGGGACCGCGUCGGGCUGAGGGACCAGACCGGUUUGGAGGCUGAGAGACGCUUCCGCCAAGGGCUUGGAGUCAAGAUGAGGGCGUGGAGCGGCGACAACAACACCGACCCGACGCCCGUCCUCAACGGCGGCCGCGGCAACAGGCGCGGCCGUUCCCAUACCCCGAGGGACAGCGAUCUCGGGUUCGGCUCCGAGCGCAUGCGCUCCACGUCGAGUGACGGGGUCUCCAAACACUGCCGGAGGCGGUCACUCGUCAGGUCAACGCGAAGCGCCGUUGCUCGGACCGCCGAGGGGCACGGGCGCUGGCGCAAGGAAGCAACAGGGGGGAGUCGAAGCGGCGGAGAGGGAGGAGAGUUGUCCCCUACGCUGAGGUGGGGCCAGUCGAGGAGCUUGCCGCAGCAGUCGGGUGGACGCCAGAGCGACAGAAAAGGCCGUUCAGCGACCCUGCCCUUCGACUCGACGAGCCGGGGCAAGUGGCUCUGA